AUGGGAGGAGCUUGUUGUGCAGGUACAAGAGACAAAAUUAACUAUGGCAAGGACCGUGGAUCUGAAAUGUGCGGUAUUGUCCAGCAAAACAUGAAAACACGAAUGGUCAAUGCGAGAAUGGGGAUUUAAAGCGCUAAAAAGAAGGUGAAGGAAAAGUUCAACGUGGCAAAGCUGAAGGCCAGGGGCUAUACUCAGUUAUAUUGUGACGUACUUGAUGAGAGUGAAUUUGAAUUCCUUACUAAGUUUGAGCAGGAAAACUUCCAGAUGUGCAAGGUCACCCUUGAUUCCUUUGAAAAAGCACUUAAAGAGUUUGUUGAGAAGGAAGAAACUAAAUUCAUAUCAAAAGAUCAAAUCGUUGAAAGCUUUAAGACCCGAAAAUACCUUUUAGAAGUAGAAAACGAAUACUCAUUAUCCUACGGAAUGCUGACACACCCGAUAUUCUAAAAGGAACCUGAUCUCAUCUACAUUCCUUAUCUCUAGCUAGUUGCAAUAUUAUACAGUGCAUCUACUUUUAAAAUGAAGGCAGUGUCCUUCUAUCAGAUGGUAAAGGUUGAAAAUACUAACAGAAUCCCUAAAGAUGACCCUUUUCUGGUAGAAUAUUUAAGAAAGCUGCUAGAGAUAUCAUAUAUAAUGGCACUUUCACUUUAUAAUGAAUUCAAUGAGGAUGAAUAAAAUCACAAAGAUACCAGAGAGUUUGAUUUUAUGGUUGAGGAUUAAGACUUGAUAUUUAAGCAUAUCUACUCUGAAUUCAUUGAAGGCCUUUUUGGCAGAGAUUUAAAAUUAGCAGAAGAAGUAUUUGUCCAUAGAUUUGAAAGAGAGGAAUAAAAGAAUUACUUGUAACCUUGGGAACUUAGAAAGAUUAUCAAUAAACACAGAUUAGACAUUGAAGCUCAAAAGAGAGAUAAAAUUAAUGCUAACUAGUGA